CAGAUGAAGAAGUCGCCUGCGAAGCCACACAAAUCAAAACCUAAAGAAGAGAUAAGUUCUGCGAGCCGAAUUAUGUGUCUCCUGCUUUCCUUUGGCUGCUGUGGCUGCUCUGGUAGCUCUUCUGGCAGCUCCUCCAGUAGCUCCUCUUCUCCCAGUGCCGUCAAAAAGCAGCUGGAGAAGAAGCCGAUCCAGGAGCAGGAACCGGAACCGGAUAUUCAGGAGCAGCAAUCAGCCAUCACCUCUCCUCAAUCGGAGCAGCCGGCCAGCCAGGAUUUUAUAGGUUUGGACUACCAGGUCACCGACUCUAUGUCAUCCCUGCCCAUUAGCAUGAGUCUCAGUCUGAUGGCUCUACCGUUGCCCACAACAUACUCCAGCAAUUGCAGCUCCUGGGCCGCCGAGGAUGAGUUUUGCGAUAUGGAUGAGUAUGAGGAGCGUAAAGUUUGGAUGCAUAAUGCCCCUGCCAGCGAUUUGAAGGUGGUUGUAAUUUGAAACUGACACAAAGGUAUAUGAUUCU